UCUAUUUAAGGAAAUUCUAAAAUAAAUAAUAAUAAUAGUGCUCUCUUCCUCUCCGGCCCAUACUCUGUUUCAUUUCAUCGUCCACAUUUCAUUACCUGAGCUGCAGAACACGUUGUGAUCUGAGAAGUAUGGUGAAGGACACUACCUACUAUGAUGUAUUGGGCGUCAAUGUUGAGGCCUCCUAUGCUGAGAUUAAAAAGGCUUACUAUGUGAAGGCAAGGAUUGUUCACCCAGAUAAAAAUCCUGGAGAUCCAAAGGCUGCCGAAAAUUUCCAAGCACUUGGCGAGGCUUAUCAGGUUUUAAGUGAUCCAGAUAAGCGUGAAGCAUAUGACAAGCAUGGAAAGGCAGGCAUACAACAGGACUCCAUGGUAGACCCUGCAGCUGUGUUUGGGAUGCUUUUUGGGAGUGAAUAUUUUGAAGAUUAUGUUGGUCAACUUGCUUUGGCUUCUUUGUCAUCGGUUGAAAUUGAGGAAGAGACGCAGGAUCCUGCAGUCCAUAGGCAGAGAGUCCAAGAAAAAAUGAGGGCCUUGCAGAAGGAAAGGGAAGUAAAGCUCAUAACUAUUCUGAAAGAUCGCCUUCAACCAUUUGUUGAUGGCCGUACAGAUGAGUUUGUAAAAUGGGCAAAUUCAGAAGCAAGGCACCUCUCAACAGCUGCUUUUGGCGAGGCUAUGCUGCAUACAAUUGGUUAUAUUUACACGAGAAAAGCUGCAAGAGAAAUUGGAAAAGACAAACGAUACAUGAAGGUACCAUUUUUAGCAGAAUGGGUGCGAGAUAAAGGACACCAGAUAAAGUCACAAGUAUCAGCAGCUUCAGGUGCUGUAGCAUUAAUUCAACUACAGGAAGAUUUAAAGAAGUUAAACCAAGGUGAAAACAAGGAAGAGAUCUUAAUGAAAGCCAUUGAAGAUAAGAAGGAUCAAGUGCUUAAUUCCUUAUGGCAGAUUAAUGUGGUUGAUAUUGAGUCAACCCUGUCACGUGUCUGCCUAGCUGUACUUAAAGACCCCACUGUGUCCAAGGAUGUUCUGAGGGGACGGGCUAAAGCAUUGAAAAAGUUAGGAACAGUCUUCCAAGGUGCAAAGGCUGCUUAUAGUAGAGAGAACAGUCUCCGCCAUGAAAAUGACACCAAGAUAGAUUCUGCGUCAUCGUCAUAAUUGCAUCUAUGAACAUAGUAAUUCCAUCUUCACGGUGAUGUAUGUGGGCAUAUCGAAGGUGAAAGGUUGUCUUAAUAGCAUCAUAGCCAUCUGCUGAAUUUGGAGGAAUAUGUUUGCUCUUGAUUGGAUUAGUUUAGUAUGCACCUUUGACUUGCUUCAACCUUGGCUGUUUCUGUUGUACUCCAAUGUGCAAAAUCGUAUUGUAUUCCUUUUGUAUGUAUAUGAAUGAGCUACAGAAAUUGCCAGUAGUAUUUUUAAGGCUACCAAUCUUUCUUACUGAGAUACAUAAUGAUUGAGUGGUCAUCUGGCCUAGAAAUGCUAAUUCAGAAUCUUACUUAAAAUCCUGUGAAGAAUUUGAUCA